AUGUCUUCAAAAAGACGAAAUAAAAAUAAUAAAAAUAAUAAUAAAAAUAAUAAUAAAAAUAAUGAUAAUAAUAAUAAUAUAGAACAACAAGAUGAUAUUGAAGAUAUAAGUAGUGGUGAUAUAGAUACAACAAAUUUAAUUAUUGAUGAGAUUGAGGAUGUUUACGAUGACUAUGAUAAUGAACAAAUUAAGAAUAGUUUAAAUCACUCAUUUAGCAAUAAAAACAACACAAGCUUAAAUAACUCAAUUAAUUUAUCGAUGUCUCUUAUUGAAGUUGAAGAAACAGAAUUGGAUAUAUCAUCAACAAUAAGACCAUGGGAAUUAAAUAUAUUUGGAUCAUUAGGUUCUAGUGGUGGCGGUAUUUCAUCUACACCAAUUUCUCAAUUAUCACCAUUCAAAACACCAUCACCACCAUCAUCAUCAUCAUCAUCAUCACAAUCGCCAUUAAGGAAACCAAGACCUUCAUUUCUUGAUUCUUUUAGGUCCCAAUUCAAUAUAACGAAUAUUAAUAACAAAAAUAAUAACAAUAAUAAUAAUACUACAAGCAAUUUUAAUACUUCAAAUAUUUUAAACACAUCAAAUUUUAGAAAUACAAAUAUUGGUAUUAAUAACAGCGCCAACAACAAUCGUAACAUUAGUAGAAAUUCUUUACCUGUAACAUUUUCUCAAAUAACACCAAUUAAACCAAAAAAUAAUAAACAAAUAGAUUCACAAUCUCAAAUAAAGCCGCAAUCACAAUCACAAUCACAAUCACAGACUCAAUCACAAAUACAGGAGGUACAGUUUUCACAAUCUGAAUCACAAUCACAAACACAAACACAAUCACAAAAUGAAGAGAAAAUAGGAUUUCGAUUACCCUCACCACUUUCACCUAUUAAGAAUAUAGAAUCGGAGCAAAAGAAAGCAUCAACUACCUCUAUGUCAUAUGAAUCAAUUGAAAAAUCACAAGAGUUACAAAAUCAAACCCAAAUUAAUAAAUCCAAACAAGAUUUAACAAAUAUAUCUCAAAAAAUCAAUAUCACAACAUCUCAACAUGAUAAAGAUGAUUUAGGUGAAUAUAGAAUGUCUGAAAAAGGUGGUGGUGAUGAUGGUGAUGAUGAUGAUGAUUAUGAUAAUCAAGAUGAGAAAGAUAAUAACUACAAUAAAACUAAUAAAAAACAACAACAACAACACCACCACAAAGGAAAAGAAGAGAGUCAAAGUGAAUAUUAUGAAAAAGAAAAAGAAAAAGAAAAAGAAGAUAUAGCCACAACGAGAGCAACAACAACAACAAAAUCAACAGAUAAUAGUAAUAAUAAUAUAAAUAAAAAUAAAGAAUUUAAUGAAAAUGAUUUACAACCAUGGUUAUUAGAUGCAUUAUUAACACAAACAGCACCAGACUAUCCAAUUAUACAAAUUAUUAAACAUUAUGAUAGAAAAGAAGAUAUUAAUAUGGAUGGUAUACGAAGAAAAGAGUAUCAAGAUGGUUCAUCAUUUUUAGUAUCAGAUGGUGUAAAUUUCAUGAUUGCAAUAUUACCAACAUCAGUGGCUCGUGAUUUAAUAGUCUCUGAAGGAACUAGGAAAAUCUAUCAUGAGAUGGUUGGAUUUAUCAUUGAGGUUCAACGUUAUGUAUUAUUUCCAAAUUCAAAAUAUUCAGGAUUCGAGCUAUUCAUUGGUAAUGCUAAAUUCAUUGAUAAAACAAAUGAACCAAUCAAUUUUCAUAAUUUAAAAGGUGUCAUUUCAUCAAGUACUAAAUUAAAAGAGGUCAUAAAGAGAAUGAGCCAUGAAAACUAUUGGACUGCUUCGUCACCAACUGAAUAUUCCAAUAAAUUCUUUCCUCAAAAUGUUUCAAAUAGUCAUCAUUAUCAAAUUACUCAACAUGAAACUAUCAUCUCUCAAGAUCAAUUAGAUUCUUUAAAUAAUUUAUCUGAUUGGGAAAAACAUGAACAACCAAAUAAAUUAUAUCAAUUCAAUAUUUAUAAAACAAAUUUUAGACAUAAAAAUAAAUUAAAACAACAACAACAACAACAAGAGCAACAAGAGAAGGAAAAUCAACAACAACAACAACAAAAACAACAACAACAACAACAAGAAGAACAACUUAAGGAACAACAGGAGGAACAACAACAAAAUCAACAAGAAGAAGAAAAACAACAACCUUCCCAAAGACAAUCACAACAAAACCAGCAAUCACAACAAAACCAGCAAUCACAACAAAACCAGCAAUCACAACAAACACAACAGGUAUCACAGAAACAUCAGCAUUCACAGGGAUCACAACAAAACCAGCAAUCUCAGCUAUUACAAAAACAUCAACAAUCACAAGGAUCGCAACAAAGACAGCAAUCACAAGAAAAACAACAAUCACAAGAAAAACAACAAUCACAAGAAAAACAACAAUCACAAGAAAAACAUCAAUCACAAGAAAAACAUCAAUCACAACAAUCACAAGAAAAACAACAAUCACAAAAAAAACAGCAAUCACAACAAUCACAGGCAUCGCAGCAAAAGUAUCAGCAAUCACAAGGAUCUCAAGAAAAACAGCAAUCACAAGAAAAACAACAGCAACAGCAACAACAAAUAUCAUCGCAACAAAAAGGUUUACCAAAAAUUAACGAUGAUGAGGAAUAUGACGAUACUAUUUUAGAAUCAUUUGAAAAUUACUCACAAUCUCAAUCAGAUUUAUCACAGCAAUUCCUUUCUCAAUCACAAUCUCAAUCCCAAUCUCAAUCACAACGACAAUCUAAAAAGAGAAAAGAAAGAGAAGAGAAUCAAGAUUCGGAAAAUCUUGAUGAUACUGUUGAUAUGAAUUACAAUCAAAUCCCAUCAACAUUGGAUCAUUCUACAUUACAAGGACAUAAAUUCUCAAUGUAUGACAAUACAAGCUAUUAUAGUAAUCAAGAACAAGAGGAGAGAGAAAUAGAAAGAAGAAGAAGAGAACUCGCUGGUGAGGAUAGUGAUGAGGAAUUUGAAAUACUUGAUGAAGAUCAAGUUGGUAUUGGUUUGACUCAUGACAAUGACAAUGACAAUGACGAUGAAGAAAAUAGUUAUACCCCCACUGGUGCUGCAACCAUCUCUUUCUUGGAUCAAAAUAUUAUUAGUGGUAAUAGUGGUGUUGAUGAAUCUAAAAUUCCAAAAGUUUUCAAUAAAAAUAAUUUUGAUACUAUUAAAGAAGAAGAAGAUGAUGAAGAAGAAAAAGAACAACAAAAUAAUAAUAAUAAUAUAAAUAGUAAUAGUAAAAAUAAUAAUGUAAAUAAUAAAUUAAAUAGCCAAGAAUAUGAUGACACAUUUAAAGAUACAGCAUGGAUUCCAAAGAAAAGUGGAAAGGAUAAAUUUGAUCAAUCAUCAUCAUCAACCAAUUUUUAUAGUUCAAAUAAAAAGAAUGUCCCACAACCAACUAAAAGUGUAAAUAAACCGAGAUCAACUGCACUUAAAAAGGGUGCAUCACAAAAUCGCCAAAAACAAUCAGAACAACAACAACAGCAACCACAACAACAACCACAAUUACCACAACAACAACAACAGCAGCAACAACAACAACAAUUACGACAACAACAAAAUGAAAAUACGAUAUCUUCAUUAAAUGCUAGCAGGCCAAUCACUAAGUCAGCACCACUAAAAUAUAUUAAAAGAGAUUUAACAUUUGAGGAAAUUGUUAAAAGAAAUAAAUUAAUAAGAAAAAGUCGAGAAGAAAAAAUGGAAAUGUGGAAACAACAUAAUAAUAUUAUUGAUGAUUAA